AUGGCAGCCUCUUAUCGUGAAUUUGAUAGUUCAGUGAAUUACGAAGAAGAGGAAGCACUUCCAUGGAGACAAGGGACUCCUCAAAAUACAACAGCGAGCUCAGUAGAAUUUCGUUCUAUGCCUGAUGAGAUUCCUUCAAAUCUAUGUCCGGUAGAUAUUAUUGGAGAAAAUUUGCAACAUAUUGAAAAAUCAACUAAUACACAUAUGCUUUAUAAUCAAGAUGACGCUAAAAUCGAAAUAUGGGGAACGCGUAAAGAUCUUGAUCAAGCUCUCAAGCAAUUGUAUGCCCUUGCUGAAAACGAGUUAGCGAAAGAUCAACAAGAGCGUGACAAAAGAAUAGUCAAAGGUUGGGUAAGACCCGAAAAAGCUCUAACCGAUAAGCAAAAGCGUAAGUUCGAUCGUAGAUCAGCUCGGGAACGUGAAGAACGUGACUACAGAGGCUUUCCACCCGAGCAAAAACUCUUCAAUGGGCACUUUGUUCUUCCCAGAUCCGAUAUUCCUAUCGCGCGAAUUAUUGGUGAAAAAGAAGAAAUUUUGCAUCCGAUUCGUGCUGAUACCAAAUGCUAUAUGUGGUAUGAACCAAGCUCUAACCUAAUAAGAAUCGUUGGAGAUACUUAUGAAUCCGUUGAGGAAGCAACGAUGCGAGUCAAGAACUUGUAUAUUAAAGUAGUCGUGUCUAGAAAAAUUCCUCACGUUAUUAAGGAUGGUUUGACCAUAUAUAAUGGCUGGGUAUACCAUUUGGUUGAACCACCACAUGAACCUUGUGAAGUUCGAAUAGCUAAUCCACCAUCGUGGCUCUAUUUACCAUACGAUCUUGAUGUGGUAAUUAAACUUAUUGAACCAGUUUACAAAAGGGAAAGUAUUUCAGCUUUAAAGGAAUUAUAUCCAGAUUCUAAUUUCGAUGUUUUACAAAGUAUCCGUGAGUCAAAUGUUAGAACAAUUAAGUCUGCUCUUUAUAAAGCCUUUAUUACCAUCCAUUUAUUAGACGAAAUAACUAAAAUGCGUGUUAGGUUUGGUUAUGUAUGUUUAACAGAUUUUCCCAGGGAACCAUUGUGGUCUAUGGAUAAACUUCAUAAGAAAAUACUUUGCGAUUCUCGCUUACGUUCUAAAUUUGCUAAAUGCAUUGCCACCGAACACAAACAAAUCGACCCUUUAUUCGAGAUCCUUUCCGAGUACGAUCAGCAAUGGGAUGGUUCACCAUUUCGAGAAUUUAAAAUUUGUACAAUUCAUAAAAUCCAAAAAGGUCGCAAUCAAGAAACUUGGCCAUGUACGUUUGAGGUCCAAUUUAAGAAUGAUGGGCAAAUCGGAUCAUGGAACGUUACUACGAAUGAAAAAAACAUAUUGGAUAUCAACAUGUCAUGUUUAGAUGCCGUCUAUUCUUGGAAACUAAAUAUCAAAACGACAAAAUUCCUUUCUAAUGACAAGUUUACUGCCCAAGGAGCUUUUGUUUAUAAAUUGCGAAUUAACCCGCAAAAUCGAUUAGUUUAUUCAAACACCGAAGAAAUAAAUGUGGUUACAAUAUGCGAAAAAACACGAUGGAAAUAUUGGUGGGGCACAAAUUACAUUAUAGAAAUUACAAAGUAUGAAUUUUGGGAAUUAUCAAAGUAUAUGGAUGAUCUCCCAGGCGUUGAAAUUCCUUUGAAUCAAGAACCUCCAUUAAGUGUUACCUUUGGAGUUUCUUUUUAUAAGAAAUCUUGGGAAGAAGCUUUUGCUUUUAACAGCAGUUUAAAUGUUGGUGAAGCCCCUGAGUGGCACCCUUAUGAUAUUAUGGAUGAAGAACAAACUGGAGGCGUUAACGAUUUGUUGAAUGAAAUCCGAAAUUUUUUGGAAGUAUUUCAAAGUAAAGUUUUAAUACCAUCUGAAGAAAAUAAUAAUAAUAAUUCAUAA